GAGGAGCAGAAGUGAGUAAGAAUGCAGCACUAAUUCCUACCAGCUUUAACUGAUGCCGAGGUUCCCGCUGUGCAGGGGCUGGAGGAGACCCACGGCAGAGCAUUCGGUCCUCCGGUCUGGCUGCCCACCAGACGGCUUCCAUUGGAUGGACAAGUGACAUGAUCCAGGAAGUAGAAAAUCCAUCAUCGCUUGUUUUUCUGUUUCAGUUUUGCCGUGAUUGAUGAGAAGAGCCGAGGUCAGCUAAGCCUGCAGCUUCAGUACCCGUCAUGGGAGCAAACAACUUAUUUGUACAACCUAAACACUUAAAUAAUUAAAUGGAAAGCAAGGCAGUGAUUCCUGACAGGGCUGAAUUCAAGUCAAGCUGUGAAACUCCACACUGCAACGAGAAGAAGAGACGGACAAGUCGAACUGGAAGCAGAGAACACCUAAGGGGCACUGGCCCACCGCUUCUCAGCAAUUUUAUUAAAUUAGCAAGAAGACCUUGGACCCCGGCAAAGACAGGAGAAAUGGAAAGUCCCCUGUGUGUCUCUAUUUUCUUGGUUUUGUGCAUCUUUAUCCAAUCAAGUGCCCGUGGACAAAGCCUUCAACACGAGCCAUUUGGAAAAAGAUCUCAGGCUGUUGAAACAGUUGAAACAUUGCAAGAGACAGAGACCAGAUUCCUGCUCUUUGAAGAAGAAACUGAUAGGGGCUGUCAGAUUCGGCUCAAUCACCCAGACACAUUACAGCAAUGCGGCUUCAACUCCUCGCUGCCUCUGGUGAUGAUAAUCCACGGGUGGUCGGUGGACGGCUUGCUGGAAGACUGGAUUUGGCAGAUGGUGGCCGCGCUGAAGUCUCAGCUGGCCCAGCCAGUGAACGUGGGGCUGGCUGACUGGAUCACCCUGGCCCACCACCACUAUGCCAUUGCCGUCCGCAACACCCGCCUCGUGGGCCGGGAGGUCGCAGCCCUCCUCCGGUGGCUGGAGGAAACUGUUCGAUUUUCUCGACGCAACGUUCAUCUAAUUGGGUACAGCCUGGGUGCACAUGUCUCAGGAUUUGCUGGCAGUUACAUGGGUGGAAAGCACAAGAUUGGGAGAAUUACAGGGCUGGAUGCAGCGGGCCCUUUGUUCGAGGGAACUUCCCCCAGUGACCGUCUUUCACCAGAUGACGCCAAUUUUGUGGACGCCAUUCACACCUUCACCCAGGAGCACAUGGGCCUGAGCGUGGGCAUCAAACAGCCCAUAGCACACUAUGACUUCUACCCCAAUGGGGGCUCCUUCCAGCCUGGCUGCCACUUCUUAGAGCUCUACAAACAUAUUACCAAGCACGGCUUAUAUGCCAUCACCCAGACCAUAAAAUGUGCCCACGAGCGGUCAGUGCACCUGUUCAUCGACUCGCUGCUGCACGCCGGCCUGCAGAGCACGGCCUACCUGUGCAGCGACAUGGACAGCUUCCGCCGGGGCAUGUGCCUGAGCUGCAGGCACGGCCGCUGCAACACGCUGGGCUACCACACCCGCCAGCAGCCGCUGAGCAAGAAGAGCAAGAGGCUCUUCCUCAUGACACGAGCCCAGGCCCCGUUCAAAGUUUAUCAUUACCAGUUCAAGAUCCAGUUCAUCAACCAAACUGAGAAACCAGUAGAACCAACCUUUGUCAUGUCACUCCUUGGAACAAAAGAGGAAGUGCAGAAAAUUCCCACCCCUCUGAGCGGAGGAAUUACCAGUAAUAAAACCUAUUCCAUUCUUAUCACAUUGGAUGUGGAUAUUGGUGAGCUGGUUAUGAUCAAGUUCAAGUGGGAAAACAGCGCAGUAUGGGCCAAUGUCUGGAACACGGUCCAAAACAUCAUCCUAUGGAGCAGAGAGCCUCUCUACUCAGGCCUUGUUGUAAAGAGCAUCAGCGUAAAAGCAGGAGAAACCCAGCAGAGGAUGACAUUUUGCCCAGAAAACAUAGAUGACCUCCAACUUCACCCAACCCAGGAGAAAAUUUUCGUGAGAUGUGAAGUAAACUCUAAAAGGUUGAACCGAAAGAUCAAAUGAACUUUAAUGAAGACCCCAUGUGGAGAAUAAAUGAUCGUAUUCCUUAUCUGGAAUGGAUGCCUUAUUUGGAAACCAAAGUUAUAUAAAGAAUCUUGCAUAAAGUUAAAAUAAAGUUUAGAUUCAAAGAGG